AUGUUGAGAAACAGCGUUUUCUCCUGUUUUGUUUUCUACGCUGUGCUGCUGGUCCUUAAGAUGUACAUGCUGGCCUUCAUCACCGGACAACUCAGGCUACGGAAGAAGGCUUUUGCUAACCCAGAAGACGCCAUGAGACACGGAGGACCUCAAUUUCACAGGCUGGAUCCGGACGUGGAAAGAUGCCGCAGAGCUCACCGCAAUGACAUGGAGAAUAUCUUCCCCUUUCUUUUCCUGGGUGCCAUCUACUCCAUGACGGGCCCGUCUUUGGGUGUGGCCCGCCUCCACUUCCUGGUGUUCACGGCGUGCCGGAUGCUUCACAGCGUCGCCUACUUGGCCGCUUUGCCGGCGCCCACCCGCUCGCUAGCCUACGUGCUAGCGCAGGUACCCUGCGUGUCCAUGGCAUUGCAGAUUCUGGCAGCGGUCGCCACCUACGCUUAA